GAUAGUGUUCAACGAGCCGGACUCGCCGUCUAAUAGGAUUCUGGACGAUUCGAAUAACUUGAAGGCCGGGACGUUCGCGAAGAUUAUAGAGCGCCUGACGCAUCCUUACGUGCACGAUUCGAAUUUUUUGUACGACUUCGUGUUGACGUACCGGUCGUUCGCGAGUCCGUUUCAGGUGGUGGACGCGUUGGCGAAGAGGUAUGAGACGGCGCCGGAGGUGGACAACAAGGCGGUGUCGUUGAGGAUACUGAACGUGUUGAAGCAUUGGAUAGAGAAGUGCUGGUACGAUUUUUACAAGAACUGCCCGGAGUUGUCGCAGAGGUGCAUGGCGUUUUUGGAGAGGUGCGAGGAGAACGCGGCGAUAAGGACGGUGGCGCAGUCGCUGAGUCACAAGUUGACGAGGAAGUUGCAGGAGCAGUUGGAGAGCGAGGAGGAGGUGGUGCCGGGCAGGGUGAGGAGGCCGUCGUUUUCGGCGCUGGUGAGGGAGGCGCCGUUGCUGGAGCAGAGCAGCGAGGAGAUAGCGAGGCAGUUGACGUUGAUAGAGUGGGAGAUUUGGGUGAGGAUACAGCCGUGGGAGUGUUUGGGGUUGAGCUGGACGAAGAAGGACAAGAGUUUGGCGCCGAACGUGUUGGAGUUGAUAAAUAGGUUUAACUUGGUGUCUGGGUGGGUGGCGACGACGGUGUGCACGCAGGAGUCGUUGAAGAGGAGGGUGAAGCACGUGCAGAAGUUCAUAGAGAUAGGUUAUUGUUUGUGCGGGAUGGGGAAUUACAACGCGGUGAUGGAGGUCGUGUCGGGGUUGAACCGGGGUCCGGUGUACCGUUUGAGGCAGACGUGGGACGGGGUGGCGACGCCGUUGAGGAAGAACUACGAGCAGUUGUCGCAGAUAGUGGAUCGUUCGAAGAGUUACGCGAACAUGAGGAGGUGCUUGAAGAGCGUGAACCCGCCGUGCAUACCGUAUUUGGGGAUGUACUUGACGGACUUGAUGUUUAUAGAGGAGGGGAAUCGGGAUUACCUGAACGGGUUGAUAAACUGGAACAAGAGGCACCAGAUAAGCGAGACGAUUCGCGCGAUAAAGCAGUACCAGCAGCAGCCGUAUCGGUUUCAGUCGGUGCCGCCGCUGAGGGAGAUGCUGAUGUCGAUACACACGUUGAGCGAGGACGAGUUGUACCAGAUAUCGGAGUGGUUGGAGCCGCGUCCGGGGAGGGAGAGGGGGCCGCGUCCGGCGGCGCUGGGAGAGAAGGUGAAGAAGCACCACGCGUCGUCGACGUUGGGGGCGGGACAGGUGGGGGCGGGACAGGUGGGGCAGGCGGCGGGGAUGGUGAUGGAGAGGAAGGAGUCGGUGGACUUCGAGUUGGAGUUUGACAGGGAUUACGUGUUUGCGACGCCGGACUCGCCGUCGAAUUUGGACUUGGAUCCGACGACGAAUUCGGUGAGGGCGGCGACGCUGCCGAAGUUGAUAGAGAGGUUGACGCACCACGCGAAUCCGGACUCGAACAGUUUGUUUUCGUUUUUGGCGACGUUCCAGUCGUUCGCGACGCCGGCGGAGGUGCUGGAGUUGUUGAUAGCGAGGUUCAACGUGCCGCCGUCGAGGGAGAAGGCGCCGGCGGCGAUAGAGAGGUACAGGCAGGAGUACGAGACGCCGGUGAUGUUGAGGGUGUUCAACCUGCUGAAGACGUGGAUAGACCGCCACUUUUACCAUUUUCAGGAGGAUCCGGAGUUGUUCAAGAGGUUGGUGGGUUUCGUGCAGGGUCCGCUUAGCGAGAAGCAGCCGAGGCUUGGAGAGACGCUCAAGUUGGCGAUUCAGCGCCACUUGGCGCGGGGCGGUGAGGCGGACGCCGAUUUGGAGCGUCCGACGCCCGUGGUGCCGGAGCAGGUGUGCAGCGUGUUUGACCUGGACAGUCGGGAGGUCGCGAGGCAGCUGUGCCUGAUGCACCACGCGCCGUUUGCGGCGAUCAAGUCGCAGGAGUUGCUGGACGCGAGUCGGUCUCUCGCGACGCGCGCGGACGAGGCGCCCAACGUCCGGGCGCUGCAGAGCGCCUAUAACUCGCUGCGUCAGUGGGUCACCGCGGAGCUCGUGAGCGCCGAGCAGAGGGACUCUUCGUCUACGGCGAGCGCCGUGGUCAAGUGGAUCGACAUUGCCGAGACCUGUUCGGAGAGCAGGAACCUGCUCGCGACUCGCGCCGUCCUCCACGCGCUGCACAGCUACCGGCAGCGCUCUCCGUCGCACUUCGAGCGACUGCCCGUGUCGAGCACGGCCUACUUCGAGCGGGAGUGUCGCGACGUGCUGCACCAGUACAGCGUCAAGAUCCAGCUCUCUCCGCCCUGCGUGCCCGUGAUCCAGGACUACCUCGCGAUGCUGCGCGACAGUCAGGAGCAACACGCGCCGGACAUGAUCGGCGACAAGAUCAACUUCGAAAAGUGCCGCGUUCUCGGCGAAAUUCUCCAGCUGAUUUCCAGGCUCCAGCGAUUCAAGUACCCGUUUCUCGACGUGCCUAUCAUCCAGAACUACAUCGGCAAGUUCUCGGCUUCCGACGCGUCCGACUCCCCCUCCGCGUUCCUCUCCCUCUGGUCCACCUCUUUCGCCGCUGCCGACGACCGGCCCCAUCACGGCCCCCCCCCCCCCCGCGAAGACCCCUCCAGCCCCUCGAACUCGAUCUCCUCCCAGUACCUCUUCCGCAUGAUCGACUCGCUCAACAGCCAGCUCACCAAGCAGCAGGUCCACCUGAUGGCCCUGGAGCUGGUCUCUCCCCACCAGCCCCUGAUCAAGCAGCGGCUCCGGGCGUUCCUGACCGGCGCCUGUGCCGACCUGGACCUGGACUUCCAGCCGCCGUCCCCCAAACUCGAAUGCUUCAAGGGACCGUCUCCUUCUCCGUUCUAUGACCCCGCGCCCCUGCUGCUCGGCGGCCAGCGCCUGCAUCCGGAGCUCCACUACUCCAACCUGCCCACCCUCAACCGCCUCGUCCUUUCGUCCUCUCCGCUCGACUCCUCUCGCGCUCUUGGCGCCGACUCCCCCGACUUCCAGCUCCAGCAGGCGGCCGCCAACUUCCUCUCGUCCGAGUUCCCCGACGCCCAGCGCGUCUGCCUCGAGUUCGCGCACCCCAAGACCGGCAAGCCCCUCGCUGUCCAGAUCGUCGAGAAGGGCAACCGCAAGUUCCUGUGCGACGUCCGCCCCUACGUCGACCUCGACGACGUCGCCAACCUCCUGCUUUUCGGCAAGCAGUACAAGAGGGACCACCCGGAUGACCUCCUGGCCUGCAUCGUCCUCACACGCAGCAUUUCGCCCAUCGCCUUGGAAAAGACCAACCAGUACAAGAUCAAAGUCCACAUCAUCUGAAGGGCGAGCGCGCUGGCCGGGUCGCCGGCUUUUUCCCCUUCUCGAGUGUGGGGUCCCGCGCCCUCGCGGGCUUCGAGGCGGCCUUUUUUCAUUUUUUUUUCCCCCUCGCGUCGGAAAACGGGGAAAAAAUCUCUCCCUUCUUCCAAGCGAUUUCUCGCUCCUCUGCGUCUUCGAGUCUGGGUGGCGAAAUUCCUUGGACGCGCGCGUCCUCUAAAGGGUAUCUAGUCGAUCAAGGUGGGACCUUUCCUCGCGUGGCCCGCGGCGCCACAGUUCGGGGUCCCUUUGGAGACUUACAUUUUCAUCGUCAGUAAAAGAAAAAAAAAAAUUUCAACCUUUA